CCUCCUCCUCCCAUGCUGGACGGCCGUACGGUGGCUCGCGAGGGAACUUCGGAGGCGAGGAGGCGGAGAGGCGCAUGCGCGAGCGGACGACCGGGGAAGGGGAGUAGCUUCGGCUGGCUGGAGUACUACCCUGCGUGCACGCGUACUUGGGGUGCAGGCAGACCAGCCUUCGGUCCAGGGCCAGAAUCCACGGCUGCUUCAGGCUGCCACAGACAUGAGUCCUCCAUACUGCAUCUCCUUGGCCGAUGUCAAAAAAGCUCAUUCGGACAUCGAGGACCUCAUCCACGUCACCCCCAUUCUCACAAGUUCCAUUUUGAAUCAGUUGGCCGGCCGGAAGCUUUUCUUCAAAUGUGAGCUCUUCCAGAAGACUGGGUCUUUUAAGAUCCGGGGAGCCCUCAAUGCCGUCCGGAGCUUGACCUCUAACACUUCAGGAGAUGGGAAGAAACCCAAAGCUGUGGUCACUCACAGCAGUGGCAACCAUGGCCAGGCCCUCAGUUAUGCAGCCAGACUGGAAGGAAUUCCUGCCUAUAUUGCGGUCCCAAGAACAGCCCCUUCCUGUAAGAAAUCGGCAAUCCGGGGCUAUGGAGCCACCAUAGUAGAUUGUGAGCCCAGUGAUGAGUCAAGAACAGCUGUGGCAGCAGCAGUUGUGAAGCAAACUGAAGGGACAAUGGUGCACCCCAACCAGUCCCCAGCUGUGAUGGCAGGCCAUGGCACCAUUGCUCUGGAAAUACUCAAGCAGGUUCCCAUGAUGGAUGCCCUGGUGGUACCUAUAGGGGGUGGAGGGUUGAUCUCAGGAAUAGCCAUUACGGUCAAGGCUCUGAGAUCAGAGGUAAAAGUGUACGCUGCCGAGCCAUGUAAGGCAGACGACUGCUUCCAGUCCAAGCUUAAAGGGGAACUGACCCCUAACCCUUCUCCGCCAGUCACCAUAGCAGAUGGGCUUAAAUCAAGCAUUGGUCCCAACACUUGGCCUAUUAUAAGGGACCUGGUGGACAAAGUCUUCACCGUCACAGAGGAUGAAAUUAAGCACGCCACCCAGCUGGUGUGGGAGAGGAUGAAGCUUCUCAUCGAGCCUUCAGCUGCAGUGGGAGUUGCUGCAGUGCUGAGUGAGCCAUUCCAGAAAGAGGUGCCAGCCACCCAAGACGUCUGUGUGGUUCUCAGUGGGGGGAACGUGGACUUGACCUCCCUGAGAUGGCUGAAGCAACCAGAGUGUGAGGAGGCUCAGCACCCUCUGAAAUAACAGACGCCCAUGCUUUCACCCUGCCCAUCCCUUUCCUACAGGAGCCCCAAGGAGGAGGGAGCUCAACUCAGGCACUAGGACCACACUUAGCAAAGGGGAAGAGAAUCUGCCCCCAAAGAGCUCAUGAAGGCCCUUAUUCCAUGUCCACUUCUAGCUCUGGGGAGGUUUCAUCUUUUGACCAGGGCAGGGGCUCUGGCACAUAGGGAUCAUAAGUCCAUUUGGGGAAGACACGUUUGUACAGAUUCAUCAACACGGUGUCCUGAGAUUUCAGCUGUCCGUCAAAUGUGCACUUCAUGUGGCCAUGAGUACCUGGGAAGAAAAGAGCAAGCUCAGGCAGGUAGCCUUGUCCUUAUCUGUGUGGCCCUAGACAAGGCACUUAACCUCUGCCUCAGUCUCCUCUUUUGUAAAAAGGGGGGUGGAGGGUGGGGAGAAGGGAGGGCAGAUGGCCUCCAAGGGCCCUCUAGCCCUGGCUCUACAAUCCCACAUUACUUCCACAAGCAGGAGAGCCCAGGUAGUUCUAGAGAAGAUACCCCUGCAGCACAUGGCUGUGGGACAGCACCUCACCUAGUGCCUCCAGAGACCACAACACCAAGUCUGACCCUAAGCCGACAGCAGGAACUGCUCUGUCACGUGCUCAGCAGCAGGAAAUGUUGUCACCCCAGGGACCAGUCCCUCUUACCAAGUGGCUCCUUGAUGUGUCCUCUGCGACCCCAUUUAGUUCUCAAUUCCACUGGUUUAAACCAUAGAACGUCCUCUAAGAUUAAAAAAUAAUUAAUGAAGCAUUUUAGUCAGCAUCAUCUCUUACGAGUCAGGCACACAAUUACAGAAUACAAGGUCUUUUGAAGUAGGGGGUCUCUGGCACCUGGGGGAAGCAAAAAAUAUGGCAUUUAUAUACCCAGCUUUGAAGAAAACCAGGGAUUUUAAGUAGGAAUGAGGAAGAAGUACACACAGAAGCAUGGAGAUGGGAAUGAAUGAGAUAGGAAAGCACAAAUGCCAACGAGGAGACCAGAAAAAAUACAAGAAACCCAAAUGAAAUAAACCCACAACGAGAAGCAAGGAUCAACACCUGAUUCGAGCCACCUGCAGGUUAGAACCCUGACGGAAUGGCAAGGCAGGGGCCUUUGGAGGUAAAGCCAAAAGGAACUCUUGUCAGGACCUAUGAAAGAAAGGCCUCCCCACCACGGUGUUCACCUACCCAGAAUUUAGUAUUAAAAGAGACCAUAAAUAUC